CCAUUUUCUCGUCGGCGUAGAAUCCGUACUUUGCCCUCGCGAGCUCCAGUGGCGAUGUUUUCUAAUCCUCUUUCACCUCUCACCGAUCAUGGUGACAUCGAGGUACAUGCAUGGGUUUCGAUGGGCGACGAAGACGACGAGCCUCAGCUUCAUGAGGCUCGUGUCUUCACGCGCGUCACCUGGUUUGGAGAAUUCUUCAACUGGUUCCGAUUGUCCUAAGACUGGGGUGAGGGAGAUUCUGAGAAGGAUCACUCGACGAGGCAGCAUCUCCGCUCCGCUUCAGGAAUGGGUUGACUCCGGCCGUGUCGUCUCCGUCUCCGAGCUCCGGUCAAUCUCGAAACAGCUCAUGAGAUCCGAGCGCUAUGAUCUCGCCCUAGAGAUGAUGGAGUGGAUGGAGGAGACCCUGAAAGGUGUUCAGGUUUCGUCGUAUGACCACGCUCUUAGAAUGGAAUCAAUUAUCAAAGUUCGCGGCUUGAAGAAAGCCGAGGAAUAUUUUGAUCAGCUACACGAGACUGCGCCAUUGAAAGUGGUGAAAGCAGCUUAUCUUCCGCUUCUUCGUGCUUAUGUUAAGGAAAAGUUCGUUCACGAAUCCGAAGCUCUUAUGAAGAAGUUGAAUGGGUUGGGGCUUCUUGUUGAUCCUCACCCGUUUAAUGAGAUGAUGAAACUGUAUGCAGCUACUUCCCAGAUCGAGAAAGUUCCCCUUGUGAUCAUGCAAAUGAAACGAAACAAGAUCCCAAGAAAUGUCCUCUCGUACAAUCUGUGGAUGAACGCAUGUGGUGAAGUGUAUGGGGUUGCAUCUGUGGAAGCUGUUUACAGAGAAAUGGUGAGUGAUAAGAGUGUUGAAGUGGGCUGGAGCACUUUAUGUACUUUAGCAAACGUUUAUAUGAAAACGGGUUUUGAUGAGAAGGCUACUCUGGUUCUUGAAAAUGCGGAGAAGAAGCUGAACAACAAUAAUCGUCUUGGAUACUUCUUCCUCAUCACACUGUAUGCUUCUCUACGAAAUAAGGAGGGAGUUGUUCGGCUUUGGGAAGCUUCGAAAUCUGUUCAUGGCAGGAUUACUUGUGCAAAUUACAUAUGUGUAUUGUCAUCCUUGGUGAAGGUAGGUGAUCGUACGAGGGCUGAAAGAAUCUUUGGAGAAUGGGAGGCCAAUUGCCGUAACUAUGACGUUAGGGUUUCCAAUGUUCUACUGGGUGCUUAUGCCCGGAAGGGUUUGAUGGAAAAAGGCGAGUCCUUUCAUGCUCGUGUAUUGCGGAGAGGCGGGGAGCCAAACUAUAAGACGUGGGAAAUUCUGAUCGAGGGGUGGGUGAAAUGUCAAGACAUGACAAAAGCCAUUGAUGCGAUGAGCAAAGCCUUUGACCUGAUGAAGCGCUGCCAUUGGAGACCGCCUCAAAAGCUCGUAAUGUCCAUUGCUGAGUACUUCGAGAAGCAUGAGAAACUGGAAGAAGCUAAUGCAUACGCCAGGCAAUUGCGUUGUUUCGGUCUUUCAAGCUUAGAGCUAUACAGAUUAUUGCUCAGAAUGCACGCAAAGGCCGGGAAACCAUCUUUUUACAUCGUUGAAAUGAUGAGAACGGACAAAAUCGAUGUGGAUGACGAGACCUAUUCUCUUACUCAGGCCCACAACUGAUGAUGAAGAUCAAGCCAAAUUGUCAGUGGCAAUUCUAGAAACGGCUCUCUGUUUAGUUAGGCUUGUCAGGACAAGAGCCACUGUAACUCGAAUGCCCAUGUCAGCGUAAGUUUGUGAGAUGCAGCGGAAAGAAGCAUGGAUUCAGAGUAAUAUUACAGCUAAAGGCAUGAUCUCCUGAAGUCAUCCUUUUAAGCAAUUGAUGGUCUGAAAGAGCACAUCCAUUCAGGAGCAUGACAGAAUGAACAAUCUGUGUACUGUUUUACUGCUGAAGUAUGUCCUGGUGACUCUAUGAUGUAUGUCUCAUUGUUACCAACAACAACAACAUGGCAGGCCAUUUCCAAGUUCAUGUCUCAUUGCUACUAAACCUUACAAAUGUUAAUUAGAACUCAAUUUCUGUUGCUAAUAAAAAAAAAAAUAAUCGGUGGCUUUUCAGCGUAA